AUGCAACGCGUUGCAUUGGCUGAGCUUUCCACAACCCUGCAACAGCUAAGCGAAAAAGCUCGAACUGCAACGGAAGAAAUUGGUCGGUUAAAACAAAUGCACGAUAACCUUAAUAAUUCAUGCAAUGACUUCAAGUCGAAUUUGUGCAUACAAAUAGAUGCAUUGAUCGAGCAAUUGCAAACGAGAAAGGAGCAGUUGAUGCGACAUGUGGAGGAGGAAAAGGAUCAUAAGGCAGAAAAAGAGAAGAAGAGAAACUUUGACUAA